GCCUAUUUUCCUCCCCGACAUCGAUCUACUUCUUUCUUUUUCAAAAUUUGCCGAUUCUCCCUUCUCUUUCUAGGAUCGGCGAUGGUAAAGGGAGGAUAGAACACGACGGCGAUGGGGACGACGAUGAUGGAAGGAAAGACGAGAUCGGCUCCGACGAUGGUGGCAAGGCGACGAAGGUUAGAAGAGUAUAGGGAAAAGAAAGCAGGGGUUGAUUGAUUUCAACCCGGUGUCAACCCUCACCGGCGGCGAGGAAGUUGUUCUGCCGAUGGCAAAAGGUUCUGACCGAGGGGAGAAGGAAGAACGAACAGAGGAGAAAGUGAGGUCACCACCGGCGAGGACUGGCGUACCACCAGCGACUGAUGCGGCGGAGAAGACCGGCGUCCCUUUGUGAUUUCUCAAACCUGGUGCCCGGUUAGGUGAUAUCCUCUCAAUUUGAACAUUUUAAUUUAGAUGUCUUGGUGAUUUUGAAGUUGGUUUAGCCUAUCCGGAACUUGUUAUAAUGAAAGGUUUUCAAUGUGGCGUUUAUGAUAUAGAAUUCUGAAAAUUUAGGGACAGAUUCUGAAGAUUUGGCUAGGUAUGCUUUGUUGAAUCUGAGU